AUGCAAGAAGAGGAGCACGUGAAUAAUAAGAUUAGACUACCACUGCCGCCAGAACCCACGUUGGGAGAUGGUCCAAAAGAAUGCUUUAACUACCAAAAUGACAAAGCAUUUGCUACCGGUCCUAAAGCUCUUUUCUUGGAUGUUAUGAGUAGCGAUUAUGCCAUGUUUGGUGCAAGCCCUUACGGUGGAGUGUACUGGCGGCGAAAUGCGCAAAAAAUGCCACUGCCUUGAGCUUCUCCUCGCGUUCGUGCCGGCUUGAGUUUGCUUUGAGAACACCGUGAGAGAAAUGAGUGAGGAGCCACAGAAGGGCUAUAUCAGGUUGGGUUAAAGAACAAAAAAGUAGCAACAAAAAAUAGCAACAAUAAACUUGAGGUGGAAAUGAUAAAAUGGUUUUGGGACGUAUCUUUAAAUGGAAUAUUAAAGAUGGUUGUAGGGAAAAGAUAUGUGGAGUAUAUAAAAAAGGACGAAGAUAUUAAUGAGAGUGGCCACUGGCGAUAUGCUUUGAGGGAUUUUUUCGAAUUAUCUGGCAAAUUUGCAGUGUCUGAUGCACUUCCAUAUCUGAGAUGGCUUGAUAUUGGUGGAGUUGAAAAGGAGAUGCAGAAGACAACUAAGGUGUUAGACAAUGUAAUGACAGGAUGGUUAGAAGAACACAAGAAGAAGAGAGCUUCUGGUAUGGCUAACUCAGAGGAAGACUUCAUGGAUGUAAUGCUGUCCCUUCUUGAUGACUCUAAACAGAUUUCCAAUCGAGAUGCUGAUACCGUCAACAAAGCUACUUGCCUGGUCCUAAUUUUGGCAGCCUCCGAUACUACUAAAACUACCUUGACUUGGAUUCUGUCUUUAUUACUAAAUAAUCCGGAGGUCCUAAAGAAAGCCAAAGAUGAAUUAGACAUGCAAGUUGGUAAAGAAAGGCAAGUGAAGGAUUCGGACAUAAAGCAUCUAACAUAUCUUCAGGCUAUCAUUAAGGAAUCAUUAAGGUUAUAUCCUGCAGCGCCAUUAUCAGUGCCACGGGAAUGUAUUGAAGAUUGUGUUGUCGGCGGCUACCGUAUUCCAGCAGGCACACGACUUUUUGUUCAUAUUUCGAAAAUUCAAAGAGAUCCACGUGUAUGGGAAAACCCUUCAGAGUUUCAACCAGAGAGGUUUCUUACGAACCAUAAGGAUAUUGAUGUGAAGGGUCAAAAUUAUGAGCUAAUCCCAUUUAGCACUGGAAGAAGAAUUUGCCCCGGAGCUUCUUUUGCUCUUCAAGUUUUGAACCUGUCACUCGCUACUCUGCUCCAUGCGUUUGAUAUUGAAACUCCAUUAGGGAAACCAGUUGAUAUGACUGAGGGCCAUGGUAUAACCAACCUCAAAGCCACUCCUCUUGAUGUUCUUCUUACGCCUCGUCUUCCUGCGCACCUUUACUAAAACAGAAGAAGCUUCUUUUCUUGUUUCUUUAUAUUAAUAAAUUGUA